CGGGAAAAGGCGUGUGCCAGGCAGUAGGUCAUCUCUCCUCUCAGCAGGUACGUCAUCGUCUUCUUCCCAUGUCAAGGCUCAGAUUAGGCACUACUCACAUAUUCGAGUGCUUCGUACAGGUCGACGGCGCGUCGAAACGCGAUGGUGUUCAGCCGCGUAUCGUCAAGAAGCUACCGGACGCUUACGAGGAGGGAGCAACGCUGGCCAUGCUGCCCAAGUUCUGCUUUCCUUGCGACCCAGAACACGUCGAGCCAACAAUUGAUCCACAGAAGUUCACUUUUGUAUUGACGGAUCUCGAAGGAAUGCACCAGUUUGGCUACUGCAGGAUGGCGGUCGAUUACAGCUACUGUCUUUGCUUUCUAAGUUACCUUCCAUGGACAGAACUGUUUUACAGCUUGUUGGACAAGAUUGGUAGUCUAAGAGAAUGUGGACAGGGAGCUCUAGAGGAUCCUUUGCUACUAGGUGUUUAUGCUCGUGAUCUUCCUCGACCGGGAGAGGCGAUGUUUAUUGUGCCAAAGGGGAUGGAGUCGGGACAGACAUUUCAAUUGACAUGUCCGGAUACAACGAAACUACCCAGCAUUCCAGAUAAUUGGAAUCUGACCGAGUAUCAUGCAAGUAUCAGUGCUCAUAAUGUACUAGCACUUUUUGCCAGUAUGUUGUAUGAACGUCGAAUCUUAGUCACAUCAAAGAGGCUCAGCCUGAUUACAGCUUGUGUACAGGGAGCGGCACUUCUAUUGUAUCCUUUACAUUGGCAACACGUUUUUAUUCCAGUCAUGCCGGCUCAUCUUACUGACUAUUGUUGUGCACCCAUGCCUUUCCUGAUUGGUGUUCACUCGUCUCUAAUGGAUAAAGUACGCAAGAUGCCAUUAGAUGAAGUCGUGAUCUUGGAUGCUGAUGAGAACACGGUGGAGUUACCUGCAGUUUUCAACGAUCUACAAUCAAUGCCUGAAGACGUGGUUCGAACAUUAAAGCACAUUAUAAAGAAGCACACGUCAGGCAUCGACGACAUUAUAUCUAACGCAUUUGUAUUGGCAUUUGCGGCUAUGAUUGGUGAUUAUCGUGACUUCUUCAAGCGGAAACCAGAUGGGAAGAUCUAUUUUGAUCAAGAUGGUUUUGUAGAGAGUCAUUCUCGUCCAUUCUUUCUUGAAUUACUACAGUUUCAACAUUUUCAGCAGUUUGUCAAUGAGAGACUGGACGUACUGAAUGAGGGAAAGGGGAUCAAUGAUAUCUUUGAACAGGCCGUGGUGGAAUCUAGAGAUGAGGCUGGCAAGCCUAACAUCUCUGCUGCACGGCGCAUGGCAGCUAAAGCAGCAAAGAAAAUGAAAGCCUACGCUAUUCCAGGAGUGAAACAUUUUAUGUCACAGGCUAGAGAGAAAACCAAGGCAGGUAUGAAGGCACUCAAGAAGAAGUCUUCAAAACCAAAAGAAAUCAUGUACUCUGAUAGUGACUCUGACAGUGAGAAGAAGCAGCAGCCGAAUGGACAUGCUACGGGUGUGAUGUUUGGGAAUCGACAUGCUACUGUGGGGUCUAGUGGUCGUGUUACCGCUCUGCAGAAGGCUGAUGACAGAGCCAACUCGUUGCCAGUUCGGAGGCAGCAUCCACCUGCAAUUCCAGCUCCUUAUGCAGUUUACAAGGAGUUGAAAGGAAAGGAACAUCAGCGACCAAGAUCAAACGACCUUGCUAAAACUCAAAGUACCACAUCGAUCGAUGGAGCAACCGUCGACACAAGGAAACGUAGUGACGCAAGUAAAGUGAAGGUAUCAUCUUUAAUGUCAUUCUCUCCAGAUUCGUCGCCAAAAAUCCAAACCAAACAGCCGCAGAAGUUGAGAGAUGGUAUUGCUGAGUUAUUAGGCGGCUUUGCGAGCCCUUCGGCUCAAGCUCAAGUAAUUCAGACUGGCUCUACUGGCUCCAUGAGAGCACGAAAGUCCAGUCUGACUUCGUGGGAAGGUUUUGCGAUCGAUAGCAAUAUAACAGGAUCCUUCUCGGCCGAUCUAAUGGACGCAUUCGAUACACAGCAAGGAAACUUAGCGAGGAAAAUCGUUGUUGAUGAAUCAUCGAGUGAUGAACUGGUGGACACGGCAAGUUCGAGUGAUGACGAGCAGAAUGCCGAGCCGCCGCCUAUUCCUCCCAGACCCGAAGAACUAGACACAGAUAGUCAAAGUGGGUUACCUCCACCGAAUUAUCCACCUCCACCACUUGAAGAACCGAACAUAUUGACUUUUACGAAUCCGUUCGAAAUCAUGGGCAUGACACCGUCGGUUAGCACUGACUUGUCUGCCAGUCUACUGUCUCUACAGAGAAGACAGGAUACGCCGGACAACGAAUUUGAACACUGGCAAUCGUCGGUGACAGCUGCCUAUCCGAAACAGACGGACAUUUGUCAACUAUCGUCGCCCCGAUAUGGACACAAGGCCAUGAGCUCGAGCGAUCCGUUUGCUGAGCAAAGCGGCUUACAUGUGCAACCAGUGGCACACCAACUGGCAAGUGUGUCGGGUUGUGAUGGUGCUGGUAGAGAUUGGGGCAUAGUGAGGAGGGAUACAAGUAGAAGUAGGCGUGACAGUCAGCAGCGUGAGUAUGUGGUUGGUAGUGAGAUCGAUCUCGACUUGUUCGAUCCCUUGAAGGGGAACCAUUAAGUUUUAGAUACGUGAGUGGUGGUAUUGGGUUUCUAGAUGACAGAUUAGCAUUCGAAAAAGCGCAUUCAUAAUUUAUUUGUGUUCUUUGAUUCCAGGGCUAUAGACCUGUACAGUAUACGUGCUACAUUUGGCAUCUCAUUCUGUUAGAAGAAUGCAAUGGCAGAUUUAUGUUUCAGGCUGUAUGUACAUACACGUGGUUUUUACGACUGUGUGAGGGUGAGGGUAUAAUAGAUGUGAAUGAGAAAUACAGAUACUGCUUGGUA